GUCUCCUGGGCUCUCCCAGCAGGGCCCCUCCCAGUCCACGAACCCCAGUUCUCCACUUCUCCAGCACACCCCGGGGAGGCGCCCAAGGCUGACGCGCAGUAAAAAACCACUUUCUCCCAAGUUUUUGCGUAUUUUCCACGUCCUAUCUGGUACCCGCACUCGGGCGUCCGUAUUCCCACCCGUCCGUAUUCCCACCCGAGGAAUCCCGAAAGCCUACUGCCCGUCUCCCUUCUCCAUCCCAGUCCCGCGCCAUGGGCCGCUCCUUCGGAGGUCGAGUACUGGCUGCGAUGACCCUACUGGGCAUCCCGGCCGCGGUGCUGGUCGCGCUGGCUGCGCAGCUGCUGUUCCAGCUCCAGGCAGGGCGCGCGGAGCUGCGGGGCGUGCGCACCGACGGGCUGCACCCGGAGCUGGACCCCGAUGCCGGGCUACCCGAAGCUGCGGCUGGGGCAUUGUUACCGCUGGCGACGGCGCUGGCUGCGCUGGCACAAGUCCUCGGGCUUAGCUGUUUGCUGCUCGCCGCGCUCUGCGGACACCUGGGCGCCGAGCUGGCACGCGGGCCGGGUCCGGGCAGGUCGGACUGGUUUCUCUAUGACUGCCGCCGCCUCAGGCACUCGGCGCUUGGCCUGUUCUGCUGUGAGGUCUCCGUCUACUUAGCAGCACUGGCCAUUUAUGCUCUGCUGCUGUUCGAGAUCGAGGCAGGGGCAGCAGCUGCAUCCAUCCUGGGCUCAGGUGCCCUCAUCCUGGUGGCAAUAAUGACUCACACCCUGUUCCGGGCUGUUCAGGCCACUCGUCGUGGUCUCCGAGAGCUGUCCCCAUCAUCCUUUGAAGAUGAGCCGGCCCAGCCUUCAGAAGACUCCAAAGCUGGCUGCAGAGCUCAGCCCCAGCAGGGUACCCACUGCCAGACCUUCUAUAACCCCUCCCGAGAGCCUGGGGACUCCACUGGGUCCACGGCCACUUGUACCACAUCCACAGUCUUGAAGAGAGCCAGUGAGAGCAGUCUGUCUGCUUCUCAUCUGCCCCAGACAUUAUUGCCUAGCAUGGGCCCCUGGGCCGGGGUCACUCAUGAGAUGCAUACCAUGCUGGGCCACAGGCCACUGGACAUGAGAAAGGAUGCCACGCUGGUAUGAGCUGGGAACCAGGGCCAGGAUAACAAGAAGACACAGAGAUAGGUCCAGCUCAGCUACUGCGGCCAUGGGCCCUCCUCUGAGUUUAUGGGAUCCUCGGUUUACAUCAAAGUCACCCCAUGAUACAGAACAGCUGUCAGUGCUCGGUGCAAUACCUCCUUGCUAAAGAGAUAAGCAAAGGCCAGGCAUGGGAGGGUUUGUAGAAGCAUUUAAAAAUCUCAAGAUAUUUUGCCCACAUCUUAUUGGGCAGACGCUGACAGAUAGAUAACCAGAUCUUGGUACUGGGGAGGCUGAGAACCCAUGGGGUCUUUUAUAGGUGGGGGAGGGUCGGUUUGUGUUCUGACUCUCAGUGGUUCUCUAUCUGUUCUACAGAUGAGGAAACGGAGACCCCAGUAGGGGCUGUGACUCACCAAGGGUCCCAUUUCUGAGCAUCAG